GAUCCGCUCCGGUCCCCGCAUGCAGCCUGAUGCUGCAGCAGCUGCUGCCGCCUGGCUUAUCUGCGCUGCUGCUGCUGAUGCUGCAGCACGUCCAGCUCUGGAUCUCAGCAUGGAAACGUGAAGGAACGCCGGAACCUGCUGCUCGACAGGGAGCAGCCCGGAAGAACCCGGGUAAACACUGCAGGUGUUUAUCUGAUUUAUCGCCGCCGUUCAGUCGCGCCUGCAGCAGGAUUUUACCGCUGAUUGCGUUUCUUAACUCACCUGACGCGGUGAUUUCUGCGUAAUUCUCGAUGUGAGCGCAGCGCACAGGUGGAGGAGCGCCCAUCCAAAGUUUACUGGUGUUUUUCCUGGGAGGAGGGGAUGGGAGAGACGCUGAUUGGAGGUGAAUUAAUUCUGGAUGGAUGCUGCUUUCAGACCGAGCUGCGCCUGCAGGCGGGGGACGCAUGAGCGGCGCUCAGCGGCUCGUUUCGGUCGGGAAAAGUUUGUGGUGGAGGAUGGAGGCGGCUCUCCGGAUUUGGUUUCUUGGCGCACACUUUGCGCAGUGAUGCGCUGCCGCACGUGGGUUUCUUAAGGCUCAGACGGCGCGUGCAUGGAUCUGUAAUCCAGUUUGUUAAUGGAGGAUGUUCCCAAACUGUGGAGCCCUGCUCAGGCUGGAGGGGAGAGCAGCGCACACCCAGAUCCAUCCCGUAACCACAACAGUUUCACUUAACCAGUAUCCAACAAAAAUCCCAAAAUGCUGAGCUGCGGAUAGAGACCUGCCUCCCUGUUCCUCCCCUCCUCUUAUCACUUUUCCUUGUUACUCAUCUUUGUCUUUUCCCUUCCUCUUCCCCCAACUCACCACCUCCUCCUCCAUAACUCUGUAACUCCUCCGUUCAUCCCUCUCUUCCUCCCUCCCUCCCCCAACCCGAGACCUCCUCCUCCUCCUUCAUCCCGCAGCACACAUGCAGGCCAAGAAGCGGUACCUGCUUGUGUCUGUGGUGGCCGGUCUACUCUUCCUCAUCUACCUGUGGGGUCUGCAGAUUGGGGAGUUCCAGCAGCAGCCGUACCAUUAUCCCCAGAUUCACCAGUACCACCAGCAGGACUACCAGUACUACUACCAGAGGAAAGACGUCUACCAGCCGCGGCCGCUGCCCCAGAGACUCCCGUCCAGACCGGCGCGACGCUGGCCGGAGCUGACCGAGCCGCUGGACCCGUACCUGGAGGGAGGAGAGCAAGAGGAGGACAGCCCUCAGCUGCACCACCAGCACACCUCGCCCCAUGAACGACGGGCGAUCCGGGACAACAUCUACAAGAACAAGCGCUGCCGCAUGGAAACCUGUUUUGACUUUUCACGCUGCCAGUCGGGUUUCGGGGUUUACAUCUACCCCCCGCAGAGAGGCGACGAGAUCUCAGAGACCUACCAGAAGAUCCUGUCGUCCAUUCGAGAGUCUCGGUUCCACACGGCGGACCCCUCCCGGGCCUGCCUCUUCGUUCUGGCCGUGGACACGCUGGACAGGGACCAGCUGUCGGCUCAGUACGUCCAGAACGUCAGGGCCCGCAUCCACAGCCUGCCGACCUGGAACGACGGCCGGAACCACCUCAUAUUCAACCUGUACUCCGGCACUUGGCCGGACUACACGGAGGAUCUGGGAUUCGAAGUGGGCCAGUCCAUGCUGGCCAAGGCCAGCGCCGACGUGGCCAACUUCAGGCCGAACUUUGACAUCUCCAUCCCGCUGUUCUCCAAAGUUCACCCUCUGAAAGGAGGGUCAGCCGGUUAUCUGGCACUGAGCGACGCCUCGCCCUCCAGGAAGUACCAGCUGGUUUUUAAAGGGAAGCGCUACCUGACCGGCAUUGGCUCAGAGACGAGAAACGCGCUCUAUCACAUCCACAAUGGGGAAGAUAUUAUCCUGCUGACCACAUGCAAACAUGGCAAAGACUGGGAGAAACACAAAGACUCCCGCUGCGACAGAGACAACGAAGACUACUCAAAGUAAGGAUAACUUUAUUAACCUCUUCUCCUCCUUUUGCGAUUCCUUCAUACCAAACAUCCGAGCUCUUGAGUGGUGCUGUCACUCUGAUUGGUUUUCACUGCUUUAUUCUUCUCAUUUUGAGAUUUGAUUCUUCAUCGUCUGAAACAGAGAAAACCAAGCUGUACUUUAGCUGCUGUAGCUGUUUGUAUGGAAGAAGAUUAUGGCCACUACAAAAAAAAA